AUGGAAGUUAACAAUCUCCUCCAGCUUUUAGAAAAGGCCGCCAAAAUAUACCCCGAGCAUGGCCUCCAUUUCUAUCUCCCAGGAAGGUUGGAAGUGGGGUUAGGGCUUCGUGCUCAAGAUAUCAUUCUUCUCCAUUUCAAUAACCACAUCGACAACCUCGAAUGGUUUUGGGCUGUCAUUUAUGCAGGACAUGUCCCUGCAUUUUCUACUCCUUUCACCAACAACAUGGAACAGAGACGAAAACAUAUAUUACACCUUAACUCGAUUAUGAACGACCCCAUAUGCCUUACUAGCGAAGAACUGCUUCCCGAGUUCUCCGGCCAGGAUGUUCUAAGGGUCCGUACGAUCGACAAGCUUGUGAAUGGUGGUCUCCAGCACACUGAACGUGGAGAACUAAAUGGCUCCACGAACGGACACAAGAAUGUAACUGCCUCACCAGGGAUCUUGAAGACCGGAGAUGAACUUGCCGUAUUGAUGCUUACUUCUGGAAGUACUGGCAACGCAAAAGCUGUUUCAUUGACGCAUGCAAAUAUUCUCACAUCGAUUGCUGGCAAGGAAGAGGCCCAUAAUAUUGCAGGGAGUGGGCCUUUCUUGAACUGGAUCGGCGUGGAUCACGUAGCUGGAUUGACGGAAACCCACAUGUAUGCAAUCUACGUGGGAGCCGAACAAGUCCACAUCCAGGCAGCAGACCUCGUUCUCAGCCCGCUUCUGUUCCUCGACCUUAUCUACAAACAUCGUGUAGCAUACUCAUUCGCUCCAAACUUUUUCCUUGCCGCCCUCCGACGUGCAGCUGAGGUGCCGGGAGCAUUGAACGUUGCUUUGGACUUGUCUUGCCUCAAAACCAUCACCACUGGAGGCGAGGCAAACGUUGUAGAGACAUGCGUGGCAUUGACAGAGAUUCUCCACCAGCGGGGUGCUCCAAACAAUGUUCUAAGCCCCGGUUUUGGUAUGACGGAAACAUGUGCCGGUUCUGUUUUCAGCAAGGAUUGUCCUCGACGUGAUAUUGAGUGUAAGAACGAGUUUGCAACUGUCGGCGCAGCAAUCACAGGUAUGAAGAUGCGCAUUACAGAUGAAAAUGGGAAAGAGAUCGGUUACAAUGCUGUGGGAAAUUUGGAAGUUAGCGGCCCUAUCAUUUUCCGAGAGUAUUUGAACAACCCUGAGGCUACCCAGGCUUCUUUUAAUGGCGACUGGUUCAUAACUGGAGAUCGAGGGUUCAUUGACUCUCUGGGUCAAUUGAAUCUUACUGGAAGAGCCAAAGAUACGGUCAUUAUCAAUGGUAUAAACUACCUCCCACAAGAGCUCGAAAUGGUUCUAGAAGAUAUACCCGGUGCAGUACCUAGCUACACAGUCGUCUUUCCCUACCGCCGCAAAGGCUCGCAGACGGAGAAUAUAUGUGUCAUCUACCUUCCCACCUAUAAUCCAGAAGAUGUGGAGAAGCGUGUUGAAGCUAACGACGCCAUUGCAAAAGCAGCAAUGCUGCAGACUGGUGUUCGACCUUAUGUUAUUCCACUCAACGCAACGAAGCUACAGAAGACGACGCUUGGGAAACUAUCUCGACCCAAAAUCCGCUCUUCUUUCGAGAAGGGAGAUUUCCAAACCUUCCAGACGGUCAACGAAGAAGUCAUGGUGCAGCAUCGUAGAGCCAAAUAUGAGGGUCCAGCAAACCAUACAGAACAGCUAGUUUUGGGGGUCUUUCAAGAGAUAUUCGAGGUCCCGCAGCACGAUCUUGGCGUCAAUACCAAUAUAUUUACUAUGGGUGUCAAUUCUAUUGAUAUUAUUAAAGUCAAGAAACGACUUCAAGUUGAACUGAAGAUUGAAAACGUACCAAUAAUCAUCGUCAUGACCAACCCGACAAUUCGAAGCCUGUCGACAGCGCUCGAGACUCUUCAGAAGCCGCGAGAAUACAACCCAAUGGUUGUGCUGCAGAGUGAAGGAAGCAAAACUCCUCUCUGGCUCAUUCAUCCAGGCCUAGGAGAAGUACUCGUUUUCUUGUCAUUGGCCCCACACAUGAAUGACCGGCCAGUCUAUGCAAUGCGAGCCAGAGGUUUCGAGCAGGGAGAGAAGUAUUUUCUCAAUAUCGAAGAUGCAGUGAUAACUUAUCAUACGAAGAUCAAAAGCAUACAGCCGCAAGGACCUUAUGCCAUAGCAGGGUAUUCGUACGGCUCCAUGAUUGCUUUUGAGGUCACCAAGCUCCUCAAUAGUUAUGGCGAUGAGGUCAAGUUCCUCGGCGCGUUCAAUCUUCCACCUCAUAUCAAGUUCCGUAUGCGCCAGCUAGACUGGACGAACUGCCUGCUUCAUCUCUCCUACUUCCUCGACUUCUUCUCUGAGGAAUAUGCACACAUGAUACAUCCUAAAUUGAACCUGCUCCCUCGCGAGGAAGUGCUCAAUCAUGUCGUGAGCGUUGCUCCAAAGGACCGCAUGGAGGAGCUGGGCCUCGACAAAGACAAGCUCACCAACUGGGCGGACCUCGCAUACUCUCUGCAAAGCUCUGCAACGGACUACGAGCCCAGUGGCAUGGUCGAAAGCAUCGACAUAUUCUGUGCUACUCCUCUAGCCGCCGUCGCAAAGGAUAUUGAGGACUGGAAGACAAAUCACCUCGCGAAGUGGGCGGAUUUUUCGAAGACGAAGCCGAGGCUGCAUGAGGUUGAUGGUGCACAUUAUACUAUGAUAAGUCCGACGCAUGUAUAUUCGUUUCAGAAGAAGUUAAAGGCGGCACUGGCAAACCGAGGUGUUUGAAGAGCAGAUGAUGAAUGGGGGAAACAAUUGCGGGUACAGUUUGCGCCUGGAACAGGCUUUGUUAGCG